UGACAGUCAGAGACAGAUUCGACACUUGUCAAAACAAAGCUUGUAAAUAGUUGUAAAAUUUAAAAAAUAUAAUAAAAAUAACAAUGCCAUCAUCUGAUAGUGAAUCUGAUCAGGAAAAUGAAAUCAACAGACUUGGUGAUUGCGAAGUUUGUGGAGCCAAUAAGGCUAAAUAUACAUGUCCGAAGUGUGAAGUAAAGACAUGCUGUUUAGAUUGUGUGAGGAUACACAAAAAGGAAUUGGAAUGCGACGGUAUCAGAGACCGCACAAAGUUUAUUAGAGUCAAAGAUUUCACAGACACAGACUUACUGAGCGACUAUAGGCUGCUGGAGGAGUGCGCACGUUUCGUGUAUUCAGUUAAAAAUGAUGAGAAGAAGAAAUACACCAGACUUGAUAAAGACUUGCCAAUACAAUUAUACAAACUGAAAUUGGCAGCAAGACAGAGGGGUAUAGUUUUACAAUUCUUAGCACAGAAUUUUACAAGACACAAAGUAAAUACUUCAAGGUACAUAAGCAAGUACAAUGUUAUCAACUGGCGAGUUGAGUGGGUGUUCCCCAAUGUGGAGUGUGAUACACUCAAGUUUGUGGAUGACAAGUGCCGGGAGGAGAAGAGGCUGUCUGAGCUGCUGGACAAGUAUCUGAACCCUGAUGCCUUGCCAUUUGAAGGGUCUAAAGCUUUAACUUACUAUAAAUCAGUUGGAUUUAGUGGAGUCAAGAUUUUAUUGAAAGCUGAGAAAGUCAAAGGGUCAGCAAAAAAAUUCUUUGAACUUGAUGCUACAGAAUCUUUGGGUGAAAAUUUAACUGGGAAGUGCAUAGUGGAGUUCCCCAUCAUAUUUGUGGUCCUCAAGGACCAUGCCUAUAACUUUGAAAUCAUUACACCAGAAGAUGAAUUUGAUCUUGAAGAAAAUAAAAAUCAGGUACUAGCCUUAAACACAGCUAGUGGAACAAAAGAAGUUCCAGAUGGUAAUGGAAUCAACAGCAUAACAGGAGGAGGAGAACAGUCAAGAAAGCGACCUCGGCAGUUAUUAACAGAAAAAAUUGCUCAUGAGAAGAAACUAGAAAUAGAAAAAGAAAUGAAAGCGGAUAGAAAGAAAAGGCCAAAGAACCUAUUGUUCACCACUGGCUACUCUUCAGAGGAGAGUAUAGAUGUUAGUGAUGAGGAAGAAAAAGGUUAGUCUUAAGGUCAUAGAGUUGCAAUAGAUACUAGAGGAAGUAGAGAGGAGAUAAGUUUUAAUAAUACAGGCAAUUUAUUGUACAGCUUCAUGUAGUUUAAGUUCUUAAGUGUAAUCUUUUAUAAAAAUAAAAUACCACAAUCAUUAUGA